AUGGCAGUGAUGUGGCUUCCCAGCCCGGCUAGGACCCUGUGGUCUUCCCUCAGCGUUCUCCUCAUUCUGCUUCAACAGACUACUGCAGGCAGAGAACUGAAGUUUGUGGUGGCAGUCUUCCGACACGGUGACCGAACACCCAUCCUCAACUUCCCAACUGAUCUGCACAAGGAAAGUGAAUGGCCCCAAGGAUUUGGACAACUUACCAAGACUGGAAUGCAGCAGCUGUUUGAACUGGGGCAGUACACGAGGAAAAGGUACUCCAGCUUCCUGAACAGCACAUACAACCGGCGAGAGUUUUACAUCCAAAGUACAGAUUACGACCGCACCAUUAUGAGUGCCCAGACAUACCUUUCUGGCCUCUUUCCACCAACCAGCAGCCAAAUUUGGAACCCUGAGAUUCUCUGGCAACCCAUUCCAGUCCACAGUUUGCAAAAAUCAACAGACCGGAGGCUGCAUUUCCCUCUGCCUGACUGCCCACGUUUUGAUGAACUUCAGAAUGAAACACUAACAUCUCCUGAAUUUCAAAGCAGAAUACAACCAUACAUGGAUUUUUUACAAACAAUGGCAGUUAACACAGGACUUGAACUAAACAAUCUUAAAAUCCUGGACAAUUUCCAGCUCUGGAAUACAUAUGAUACUCUAUACUGUGAGCACAUUCACAAUUACACUCUCCCCGCAUGGGCCACCAAAGAUGUGAUGGACAAGAUGGAAAAACUGGCAGAAUUGUCCUUAUUAUCACUGUUUGGGCUUUACGAAACACGAGAGAAAUCACGACUACAAGGAGGUGUCCUCGUGAAUAGUAUUUUAAACAGUAUUAAACAAGCUGCCAAUUCUACAAAACAAAGAAAAAUGGAGGUCUACUCUGCACAUGACACCACACUUGGGGCUGUCCAGAUUGCUCUCAAUAUUUUCAAUGGAAAACUGCCUCCAUAUGCUGCUUGCCAGUUUUUUGAGCUCUACCAAGAAAGCAGUGGGAGCUAUAGCAUUGAAAUGCAUUAUCGGAACGACUCUUCAGAGGAUCCUUACCUGCUCACUCUGCCAGGCUGCACCUCCUCCUGUCCACUUGAGAAGUUUGCUGAACUAGUUUCUCCUGUGAUUACAGACAAUUGGUCGAAAGAAUGUGGAAAGAAAGACAGAACAAAAGAUAUUUUUAUGGGGUUCGACGUUGCCGUUGGCUUGUUGUGCAUCUUCAACCUGGUGCUGCUCUACCUCCUCUAUCACUACGGGCGCUGCAGGCGCAGGAACAGCUACCAAGACAUUUAA